CCCUUCUCCUGCAACAUACAUCCGUACUCUUUACACAAUCCAAAUUCCAAAGAUUACAAACCCACUUCCAUAGUUCCAUUUCCAAACCAAUCUUUUCCUCUCUCCUCCGGCUUAUGACAAGCGCAGCAGUACUAUUCUACGGCAGAAGGUCUCGAUCUUCUCGAACCUUCGAUGACCUUGGCUUUGGUUCUCCCACUCUUCCUUCACCCUUUUCUUCUUCUUCUUCUUCUUCUUCUUCUACUCCCUCUUCUGAUCCCGGCACUAUCAGUCACCGUCACCGUUAUCGUCAACGUAAGGUCGGUGAUCUCCAUCGCCGUCACCGUCAUGUCAAUUUUGACGAUCCUUCCCCUCGGUCUCCUAUUCUGGGGAGCGAGUUACACCAACGAGGUUGUAAUGGUGAAUCUUCCUCAAGGGACAUCAAUGACAGAGAAACUGUGCAUGGCCUGAGUGGACGAUACCAUAGAAACAACAGGCUGCCUGGGUCUGUACUACUUGCUAAAGAAAGGCUUGUUCAAAGAUUAAGAGGUGUAUCUGUUUCUGGUAUCAGCAGAGAGACAUCUCCGGGUCUUUCCAGCGAUCACCUUCAGUUAGUUGAUGCAGAUUGGGAAACAAGUGUUUCAGGAGAGGAGCCAGCUGCUUAUACAACUUCUACCGAGUUACUUGUGGGAGCAAAUCAGCAGUAUGCAUCAAGGGAACCACAAAGGAAACCUCUGGGACUCACCAAAGAAGCCCUCUCUCAGCUGCAACGUGAGGUUUUCUUGGAGCAACAAAAACCUGUCACUCAACCAAUGCCAAUUGAUUGCAGCAUUUGUUUGGAGAGCUUUGUGGAAGGUAACAAGCUCAUAAACCUACCUUGCGGUCAUAGGUUUCACACUUCAUGCUUGUAUCCUUGGCUUCAAACUUGUGGCAAAUGCCCAUACUGCCGUUCGUAUAUUAAGCUCACUUAGCUUUUAUGAUCGAUAUUUUAUGAUCGAUAAUUUUGUAAAGAGCUUCAUGUGUGCAGAGGUUAAGAGGUUGUAAACUUAUUGUCACCUAUAUUAGCUUUAUAGUUUGUACAGCGGCAGUUAUGUAAUUUUCUUGUCCCUUGUAGUUUUUUUUUUUGUAAGAGAUGAAUGUUAGUUUUUUGUGAGAAUUAUGUCGUUUUUAGCUGUGUGAUCCGCACAUUAUCUUUAUCGUUGUAAGAGAUGAAUGUAAAUGUAACACUUUGUUCUAGCAGUGACUUUUUACGAUUUGUAGGUCGUUUGGACUUUGGA